CCAGAUUUUGGAUAAGGCACACCCAUUCAUUUAAGAUGGCUGAUGACACUGAGGCUGAUAUCAGACAGGAAAUAUCAAAUAUACCAUUGGGGCAGCUUCAAGACCUUAGACAGAAAGUGGGGACAAAGAAAUUUGACAAUACAUUUCAAAAGCACUUAAGAGUACAGGACAAUGAUAAUAAAGAUUUCAAAAGGACAAGCAAGAAUAGGCCCCGAGAAAUGUCAUCAAAGAAGCAUGUUAGUAGAUUUAAACAAGUUAUACAAGUCCCUAAAAAGGAGAAGAGAAUGGAUCCUCGUUUUGAUGAAAGGUGUGGACAUUUGAAUCUUGACUUGUUCUCAAAGAGUUUCUCUUUCCUUGAAGAUGUGAAGAAACAAGAGAGAGCUCAAAUGGAGACUGAAGCCAGGAAGACUAAAGACCCACUGAAGAAAAAGAAACUGGAGACAUGUCUUCAAAAAAUGGAAUCACGUGAUAAGAGCAGACAGAAAGAGAAAGAGAAGAAAGACUUGGAGAGACAGCACAAGAAGGUUGAGAGGAAACUAGCCAAGGAAGGCAAGAAACCAUUCUUCCUCAGCAAAGCAUUACAACGUAAAGCAUUACUGGUUAAGAGAUAUAAGGAGCUAAAGGAGUCAGGACAAUUAGAAAGAGUGUUGAGAAAAAGGAGAAAGAGAAGUACUGCGAAAGAAAGGAAGAGGAUGUUACCUCGUCGCUCUGUGACAUAAGAUUCAUUUAAUGUAUUAU